AUGAGCAAUGCCACUGUCUUUGUGUCAGAGUUUGUGCUGCACUGCGAAAUCACUUCGGAAAUUAGAAGCUUUACUGUUGUCGCCCUGGCCAUCAUUUAUCUGACGACCCUUUUUGGAAACCUUUUGAUCAUACUGGUAAUAAUCCUGGACCAUCAUCUUCAAACUCCUAUGUUUUUAUGCAUUGGUGCCCUGGCUGUUAUAGACGUGCUACAAAGCACUAACGUCAUCCCUAAAAUGAUGGCUCUUCUUCUGUUCGACACUUCACCAAUACCGUACGGUGCCUGCUUACUUCAGAUGCUCCUGGUCUUUCAUCUUCAGACAGUGGAAGCCCUUCUCUUUACUCUUAUGGCGUAUGACCGCUUUUUCGCUGUCAUUUACCCGUUGAGAUACCCUCAGCUUGUAACAGGAAGAACUGUGUGGGUAGGCGUCUUAGUGUGCAAUAUUAUCUCUGGCAUGCCAAUUAUCGUAUAUUUGAUAUUCAUCACUGAACUUUCUUUUUGUCGCACUAAUGUCCUACCUUACUGUUUCUGUGAUUAUUCCACCAUGGUUCACGUUUCUUGCAAUGAAAAUGCAAAAUACUUUAAUUUUCUCUCCACAAUUGGAAUUACAUUUGGCUCUACAUCUCUGACAGUAAUCCUCAUUUCUUAUGGCAAAAUUGCCCACGUGGCGCUGAAGAUUUCAUCGAAGGAGGGCAAGAAAAAAAUCUUGGAUGUGCUUGUCACACACUUGCUCGUGGUGUUACUUUUUUAUCUGCCAUUGACCAUCGCUUUCAUUUUACCGGGAUUAGGAGUAAAGCUGUCAGCCGAAGCCUACAACACUCUGGUUAUAGUCGCCACGAUCCUCCCACCAAUGAUGAACCCAUCAUCUACAGCUUUAGGAACAAGGCGAUGA